AUGAGUGUCUUUGGCCACUUUGAGACUAUGGAAGUGCGAGAUGAGAAGAGCAGGAAGGAAAUGACUAUGCCUGUUACAUACCGAGAUGCUUCCACGGUUAGAGCUAAUUGGCUGGUCCGAAAAUAA